AUGUCUCUUGAAGAUAUGGUGAAGUCCUUAGCUUCUAGUACAAUGCACUUUCAACAAGAGACAAAAACCUCAAUUAAGAAUUUGGAGACACAAGCGAGUCAAUUGGCCAAUACGGUAGGUAAAUUGAAGGCUCAAGGAUCAGGAAAACUCCCCUCUCAAGCAAUCAACCCGAGAGAAAAUGCCAGUGCUGUGACAUUAAGAAGUGGAAAAAUUUUGGAAGAGACACCAAGGAAAAUGAAAGAUCAAGUUGAGGAGUCAACGCAAGAGAAGAACUUAGCGUGUGAGAAAGAUGAAGCUAAGACUCCAACCUCGGGAUCUAAGGUAGAUUCUAAAAGUCCUAUUCCUACUUACGUUCCCUCCCCUCCAUUUCCUAGCAGAUUUGCAAAGUCCAAAAGGGAUGAACAUGAGAAGGAAAAUUUGGAAACGUUUCGCAAGGUUCAAGUGAACAUACCACUUUUGGAUGCCAUUUCCACCAAAAUGUUUGAAAAGGCAAUGCUAGAUUUAGAAGCAUCCAUUAAUGUCAUGCUAUAUUCUAUUUAUGCCUCUUUAUUUUUGGGAUCACUUAAGGAAACCAGUGGUGUGUUAGAGGAUGUUUUGGUGCAGGUAAAUCAAUUGAUUUUUCCAGUAGAUUUCCAUGUUCUUGACAUGCAAGAUGAAUCAACAUCUAUGACGUCAUCAUUGCUCUUGGGAAGACCAUUUAUGAGGGCUGUGCGUACAAAGAUAGAUGUACAUGAUGAUACUUUGACAAAGGAGUUUGAUGAUAUAAUGGAUUCAUUUGUGAAAAAAAAUUUCAAUUUAUCAAAUGAAGAUGCAUUGGACACCACUUUGAUUAAAAGCAUUGAUGUUGAUAAUCUUACCGAGUUGAGCAAGAAUCUACAUCUGUGUGAGGAUAUUGUUAAAAUCGUGGCAUCACUUGAGUCACUACCGAGUAUUCCACCAAGGUAUAAUAUCUCCUAUAUUACUCUUCCGAUAUCUAAAGAGAAACUUUUACCUUCGGUGAUGCAAGCCCCCACCUUGGAACUCAAACAUUUUCCCGAGCAUUUGAAGAAAAAGUUGCCUACCCUAAAGAGUGUGAGAGACGAUCUACGAAUGAAGAAGGCUACCCUUAGGGACCAAAGCGCAAACCCGACUUUGAACAAUGAUUUGAAGGUAGUUAUGUGA